CGCUCUUAAACAUGGCCACCGCGCUCGGCCGGAGCUGGACGUCUCAACUUAAUUCUUGGACAUUUUAACGAUAUAAAGUGGCGCAUUCUUUACCAGAAUUUAAGAAUAAAAAUAGGGAAUUGAACACGCAUGUGUUAAAAGUGGAUCCGCCGGAGUUGCAAGGCGACUGCGCUCGCGCGUACAUCCUCCAUGCCAUGGGUUCCGAACCCGAAGAGCCUGGAUGGGAACUGAGGAGAAAAUAGAAUUACAUCCAUUUCGUAAUCGUUUUCCACCCUCCCGAAUGAUUCUGUGUUUUAUUUUUCAUCUUUUUUCCUUGGAUGUUUGACGGCAUCUCACGGAUAUGGGUUCUUUUGAAACGUGGUGAUUUUACUUUUUUUUUUUUUUUUUUUUUUGUUACCCUUUUUUGCUUUCAAUAUUUUUUUUUUCUUUUUCUGUGGAAUAAAGGAUGACGAAGAAGUGCCCGGGAUGUGAUCUCGCGCUGCGUUUUGUCUCGCGCUGCUGAAAAGAGAGGAGGCUCUUCUUCGCGGGGUCCCUUUCCCGUCUUGCGGGGAGAGAAGGGCGGACGGGCCCCCCACACCCCGGGGGGGGGGGCUCUCGGUCGGAUUAUAACUGUUCGAUUGCGCCGUGUUUAUUGUUCGCAGCAGCACCCCCCCCACGCCCCCCCAGUGUUACAUUUCACAUAUGACAGCAGAGGUCAUGAAGGAAAUAAGUCCACACUUGUAGGUUCCAAAAGAAUGUCAUCAGAGGACAGGAGUGUGGAGGCCUCUGAGGAAGGACCGUCACCGGUGGCGAGCAGCGGGGGGGCCAGCCCGGCUGGCAGCCCUGCCCCCGCAGACAAGCGUCCCAGGGGCCGACCUCGCAAGGAUGCUGUCGCCGCCACCGCCCCCGCUGCCACGCCCAGACCCAAGAAGAAGCCCCGCAGCAGAGGAAAAGCAGCAGGAGAUGAUGAUGACAGCAUGGAUGGGACCGAAGCCCCAGAAUGCGAGGGUUUUCUGGAAGCGGAAACAAAGGAACAGCAGGAGGAAGGUGGAGGAGCUGAGCCGGAGGAAGAACCCGGAGAGCCGGCCAUGUCGGCGCUCGCACCCUCCCAGAGUGUGGAGCCGGAGGCCUGGGUGGAGCCUGCUGUCUCGGGGGCCAGGGGGAGCGAACGAUUCUGCGCCUUGUGCCACUGUGGUGGGCGGAGCCUUUUAGGACAGGGGGAGCUCAGGUGCUUCGGACCCACAUCGAGACAUGUCCCGCAGGCCGUCCCAGACUGGAACGAGAGCCCAGGGAGCGCUGCUCACCACAGUCCUGGACCCGACUUGGAAGAGCACAGACAGGAAGGACCCGCAAGUGGAGCCCCGUUCUGCCCAACGGAGGAGCCCUCCAAUAGGUUCUGGGACGAGUUGGGCCAGGUGGGACUCCCAAAUGACAUCGAUGUCCACUCCCUCUUCGACGAAGCAGGGUACUUCUACGUCCAUGAGCGCUGUGCGGUGUGGUCGCACGGUGUGUCCCGAGGAGAGGACCAAUCACUGCUGAACGUGGACCGAGCCAUCCACUCAGGGAGCACAGCGCACUGUGCAUACUGUAAACGCCUUGGAGCUACCGUCAAGUGCUGUGAGGAGACGUGCCAUCGCUCGUACCAUUACCCGUGUGCGGCCGCCGCAGGGACGUUCCAGGACAUCCGAAGCCACGUUCUCCUUUGCCCCUCCCACAUCCAGCAGGCUGUCAACAGAUCCGCAGAGCAGGCAAGCUGUGCCGUGUGCGACAGCCCUGGUGACCUCCUGGACCAGCUGUUCUGCACCAGCUGCGGGCAGCACUACCACGGUCUCUGCCUGGACAUAGCCCCCAUGCCGCUUAAGAGGGCCGGCUGGCAGUGCCCCGAGUGCAAGGUGUGCCAGACCUGCAAAAACCCAGGAGAGGACAGUAAAAUGCUUGUGUGCGACAUGUGUGACAAAGGAUAUCACACUUUCUGCCUGCAGCCAGUGAUGGAUUCUAUCCCCACCAAUGGCUGGAGGUGUAAGAACUGCAGGGUGUGUGUGCAGUGUGGCACACGGACCAGCUCCCAGUGGCAUCACAACAGCCUUCUUUGUGACGGCUGCUACCAGCAGCAGGACCCCGUCACCGGCUGCUACCUGUGCGGCAAUGCCAUAAACCCAGAGAUCCAUAAGGACCUGCUCUCCUGCCACCUGUGCAAAAGGUGGCUCCAUCUGGAGUGUGAGCAGCCAGCCGACGGAGAUGCGGAGGCCCAGUCGCGCGAGGAGCACGUCUGUGCUGAGUGCAAACAGACGGAGCUGGAGACAGUUCAAGCAGUUGCGGGUGAAGCCCUCGAGGUGCCGAGGCCUGUUGCAGAGCCAGCGCCAGUGGAUGCUGGCAGCGAGGAAAUGGUGCAGGAGCAGACGCCCAAUGACGGCAUUCCAUGUGCUGAGCAGGAGGAGUUAACAGCAGCUGCCAGCCCAGUUCCAGAAGUCCAGGCAGUUCAGAACAUCCAGGAAGUCCAGGAGGUCAACGUGAUAGAAGUCCCAAAGUUGCCCCUGAGCCCUUCUGUUGAUGUAGAGGAGCCUGCUGUGGAGCUCACACCACCCGUGGAGGCCGAGAAAGCCGACCGAGAACUGCAGAUCACGGAAGCAGCAGAACCUGCCAAAGCAGAAGUCCUGAACACAGAGGUAGAGUCAGAGCUGCCGUCUGAGAAGGUACAGCCAGGCCCAAUGACAGAGGCACCCAAGGAGCCUUCUGCAUCGCCUUUAAAAGAGGCCAUCCCAGAACCUGCAGUGGUGGAGGAGGAGGAGGAGGAGGAAGAACCAUUGGAGGUCUUACCUCUGGAACAUUCGAGAACUGACCCAACAGUUGAGGCAAGCCCUCUGGGGAUUAGGCAGGAGGAGCUUGCUAUGAAAAUAGCACAGGUUACUUCAGCACAUGUUGUCACGGCCCUGGCAGCCAUAGAGCCCAGUCCCCAAGCCACGGACGCUGACUCCGCGGACAUUGACUCUGCAGUUACGAGCAAGCCUACCUUGGAUUUCAGCUCCCCCACAGAGGACAGGGUCCCAAAAACAUCCCCAGCGGGUCCCUUGGAAAGCCCUCCCAAGCAGGCUGGGUCUCCCUUUUCCGGCAGGACCUCGCCCAGAGAGCUGACUCCGAAUCAGAUCCCCACUGCGGCACAGGAGCACGGCAGCAGUGUGCCUUCCUCCACUUUCAUCUCCAUGACUCCUAAAAUUGGCAUGGGGAAGCCGGCCAUCUCCAAGAGGAAGUUCUCCCCCGGACGUCCCAAGGCUAAGCAGGGAGCAUGGAGUACCUAUAGCUGUGUGAGCUCACCGUCGUGGUCCACAGACCACUCGGACGGGUGGGAUGCUUCGGAGAUGAGGCGACCCUUGAACACACCUGCCUGGAGCAUCAAAGUGGGCCGUGGCUCAGGUUUCCCAGGGAAGAGGAGGCCGCGGGGCUCCGGCUUGUCUGGGAGAGGAGGCCGGGGACGGUCCAAGUUGAAGAAUGCCGUGAGCCCGGUUGUGACACCAGGAGUUAGCCUGGUGGAAACGCAGUAUACCGUGAAAGAGGAGGAAGAGAACGCCAUGCACAACACAGUGGUCAUGUUCUCCAGCAGCGACACCUUCACUCUGAAGCAGGACAUGUGCGUCGUGUGUGGCAGUUUUGGCUUGGGUGCAGAGGGCAGACUCCUCGCCUGUGCUCAGUGCGGUCAGUGUUACCACCCAUUCUGCGUCAACAUAAAGAUCACCAAGGUUGUCCUGAGUAAAGGCUGGCGCUGCCUCGAGUGCACGGUGUGCGAGGCAUGCGGCCAGGCGAGCGACCCGGGCCGCCUGCUACUCUGUGAUGACUGCGAUAUCAGCUACCACACCUACUGCCUGGACCCGCCCUUGCAGACCGUCCCCAAGGGCAGCUGGAAGUGCAGAUGGUGUGUCACCUGCACACAGUGCGGCGCCACAUCACCGGGCCUGCGCUGUGAGUGGCAGAACAACUACACACAGUGUGCGCCAUGCGGCAGCCUGGCCGUGUGUCCACUGUGCGCCCGCACCUACUGCGAGGACGAGCUCAUCAUGCAGUGCCGCCAAUGUGACAGAUGGAUGCAUGCCUCCUGUGUGGGCCUCAACUCCGAGGAGCAAGUGGAGACUGCAGCCGACAGCGGCUUUGACUGCACCAUGUGCAGGGCGCACAUGACACCCUCUCAGGUCGCAGCAGCAUCAUCAGCAACACCGAUGACGAUGUGCACAGAGGUGGUCGAGCUACCAGCUGUACCUCAGAUCAUGAUGAAGAUAAAAGAGCUGGACCCAGGGAGGACGUACACGCAGGACGGCGUGUGCCUCACCGAGUCGGGUCUGUCCCAGCUGCAGAGCCUGGCUGCACGGGGGGGCCGGCGCCGACGACCCAAACCCAAACUGAAGCUUAAGAUCAUCAAUCAAAACAGUGUGGCUGUGCUCCAGGCACCACCAGACCCACAGUCGGAGCACUCGCGCGAUGGCGAUGCCGACGAGAGCCGAGCGGAGGGAGACCCUGUGGAUUGUGAAGGGAAGUCAGACUCGAGCCCGGAGCGAGAGCUCGUCGACGAAGACCCCAAAGGGCUUGAGGGUCCCGACGGUACCAAGAAGAGAAAGAGGAAACCGUACCGGCCAGGAAUCGGUGGUUUCAUGGUGCGGCAGAGGAGUCGGACGGGACAAGGCAAGGCCAAGCGCUUGCUCUCCAGGAAGGACUCCUCCGGUUCAGUGUCUGAGAACAUGCUGGGGAAGGAUGAAGCAUGGACCGAGAUGCCAGAGACACCCAUAGAGGAAACAGCACCAGAGUGCCUUGAAAAAGUCAAGAAACGCUACCGGAAGAAAAGAACCAAACUGGAAGAGGAAUUCCCCUCGUACCUGCAGGAAGCAUUUUUCGGGAAGGAGUUGCUAGACAAGAGCAGGCAGAACAGACCUGCCUUGGAGUCAGGGCUGUCGGACGACGACCGAGCCUUGGCAGAUGGCAAGAUUGCCGAGGCCAGCUUCCAUAAGCCGACUUCAGACCCGCUGCCCAGUGCCGCUGCUGCGUCCAUCCCCCCCAGAGCUGCAGCACAGCCCAACUCAGAGGACCCCCUGCUAGACCUGUCAGAGGUGCUGAAUACAGACGGUGACAUCCUGGGCAUGCUGUCAGGUGAUCUCGAGAAGAGCUCUGAGGGCUCAGUUCCUGUAGGUCUUGAUUUAUGCCCUUUCCAGGUUGAGAGCCCCGCCUCCCCAUUUGCUGGCCUGGGCAUCGGCCCCCUUGCAGAUACCUCGAUGGCCACCUCCCAGCCCCCUUCUGGACGGGGAGCACGGACCUUACCUGAGGAACCCCUGGAUGGGAUUCUUAGCCCCGAGUUGGAUAAAAUGGUCACAGAUGGUGCAAUUCUUGGAAAACUCUACAAAAUUCCAGAACUGGAGGGAAAGGAUGUUGAAGACCUCUUUACAGCUGUCCUGAGUCCUAGCGCCAGCCAGCCUCCUCCUCUGACCCCACCCACUCCACACUCCACCAGAACAAUGGCAAACCCAGGAGGUGCAGUUUUCCCACGCAUGCCGAUGAUGAACGGCCUGGUGGGACAGAACCCAAACUUCCCUCCUAUGACAAUGACUCCCAGCAGAAGCCCCUGUGGGCCCAGCACUGUUUCCCCCAUUCAUCGAAUGCCUUUCGCUGACAACAUGAGGGACAAGAAGUUCGGCCAGGUACAGAGAGACCAGAUGGGACUGUGGAUCGGACCAGGCCCUAACCCCCUCCCCGAGGGCGAGAUGGAUACCAUGUCCAAUGCCCAAAGGAACACCCUCAAGUGGGAGAAGGAGGAGACACUUGGCGAAGCAGCCACUGUGGCACCUGUCCUCUAUACCAAUGUCAAUUUCCCCAACCUCAAGGAGGAGUUCCCAGAUUGGUCUACAAGAGUGAAGCAAAUUGCCAAACUGUGGAGGAAAGCCAGUUCCCAGGAACGUGCUCCUUAUGUGCAAAAGGCCCGAGACAACAGAGCAGCGCUCCGCAUAAACAAAGUCCACAUGUCCAACGAGUCCUUGAAGAGACAACAGCACCAUCAACAGCAGCCACCAGUAGAAAUGUUUGACCCUGGUAUCCCUCUGGACACCGAACUGCUCUUUAAGGAUCCACUGAAGCACAAGGAGUCUGAGCAUGAACAAGAAUGGAAGUUCAGACAGCAAAUGAGGCAGAAGAGCAAACAGCAAGCCAAGAUUGAAGCGACCCAAAAGCUGGAACAGGUUAAGAGUGAGCAACAACAGCUGCAACAGCAGCAGCAACAGUUGGGUAGGCAAUCGGAAGGCAACACUUCCAGCAGUGACAAUCAAAGCCCUUUGACCCCUCAGCCCGCAAACGGAAACAUGUCCCCCAUGCAGCAGUCACUUCCAAAAGAUGGGUUUCCUCGACCACAGUUGCCCGGAACCCCCACAUCAGGAUCAUCCGAUGAUGUAUUCCUGCGCCCCCCACCUCCUCCACCAGCAGGCCCUCGGGUGCCCAUUCAGGAUGGGACUGUCUGCCCACUGCAGGGACCGUCAUCCCAACCUCAGUCCCCACAGAGAUUCUCUCCCAGCUCUACCAGUUCCAGACCCUCCUCCCCUUGGGACCCAUAUGCUAAAAUGGUGGGAACCCCUCGACCACCUCCACUUGGGUCAAACACACCCCGUAGGAACUCCAUAGAGGCUGGUAAAUCUCCUAGGUCAGAGCAAGUGGAACGAGGGAGGCCGUCUCCUGUCCACGAGUCAUUUGGAUCUCCAACAUCCUUGAACGACCCAUACACUAAACCACCCGAUACUCCUAGGCCUGCAGUGGCAGCAGACCCAUUUGUGAAGCCUAUGGGACCCCCGAGGGCAAACCCUGUUACUGAACAACAGGGGAGGCACUUAAUAGGUCCUUCAGGUGGUAAUACUUUUGCAAGACCAGCACAUCGAGCGGAGCUUUACCAGCGGAUGCCUCCCAACAGGAUGAUUCUCUCAGAUCCCUAUUCCAGACCUCUGCUGACACCUAUCCCUGGAAGCAAUGAAUCCGGUUCUGUACCAUUGUUCAAAACGCCAAUGCCUCCCCAUCAGUCACAGGAUACUUAUGGCUCCACACAUUCAAAUCUCAGACCUCAGCAUUCAGAUGGUUUUUCCCAGAAUCAGCUAGUUGACCCAUAUGCACAGCCUCCACUGACUCCUCGUCCCUCAAUAAAUGAAAAUUUCUCACAUCCCUCCAGGAUAGUACGACACCCCCAGGGCAACCCCUUUGCUCAGUCUGGGUCUGUGGCACGACUGCCAUCUCGAGAUCCAUAUAGUCAUACCCCAUCCACCUCCAGACCAGACUAUUCACAGUCUAUGCAUGAUCCUUAUGCUCAACCUCCUGGUACUCCUCGUCCUUCAUCCGACCCUUAUGCCCAACCUCCUGGUACCCCUCGUCCUUCAUCCGACCCUUAUGCCCAACCUCCUGGUACCCCUCGUCCUUCAUCUGACCCUUAUACCCAACCUCCUGGUACUCCUCGACCUAUAUCUGACUCUUAUGUUCAGCAUCCUACUACUCCUCAACCUUCGCCUGACCCCUAUGCCCAACCUCCCAACACUCCUCGACCUUCACCUGAUCCCUACAGUCAGCCCCCAGGCACUCCCCGACCUACAACUGACCCCUAUGCUCAACCUCCUGGUACUCCUCGGCCAUCAAAUGAACCCUAUGUUCAAACUUCUAGUAAUGCUCGACCUUCACCUGACCCUUACUCUCAACCUCCUGGUACACCUCGACCUUUAUCCAACCCAAGACUUUCCGGAGAACAGUACCCACAGCAACCUCAGCCACUGCUAUCCAAACGUAGACAGUCCCCCUCGCACUCAGUGGAUCCUUUUGCUCAGCCACCAGGAACACCACGCCUUGUGAUGGGAGAGAGGUUCCCCAAAUCCCCAGGCAGUCAAAGAAGUGUUGACCCUUUUGUUCACCCUUCUAGGAACCCUAGACUAAUGAAUAGCGAUCCAUUUGCCCAGCCGCCUGGAACACCAAGACCAGUUGUGAAUGAUCCCUAUGCUCAAGCUUCAGGAACACCACACUCUGGAACAGGCAAUGAAAUUUUCAACCAGCCUGUGCAAAGGCCCUUGUCAAACCAAGACCCUUUCUCACCACCUCAGGGCAGAUUGACAGAGUCUUUUACACGGCCUGGAGCCCCUGGUCCUCAGACACCGAAGAACACUGGCUUUUCGGAUGAUGGAUUUGCACCUCCUCAGCCUAACCAACCCAACCAGACUCCUGUUCAUGACCCCUUUGAUCAGGCCACAGUGACCCCACACUCACAACCAAACGACAGAUUUCCUCAUGAACUGAAAGAACAGCAAGGAGUCGGGCAUGAGGUCAAUUCUCAGGAUUUGGGACAGUUCCCAGACAUCCCACCAACAUCUGGAACAGCUUUGGAGGCUCAGAGUGGUGUACAUCCAGUUCUUGAUGACACUGAAGAAAAAUUGAAACAGCGACAACGGAUCCGGGAGCUCAUCCGUAAGCAACAACAACAGAAGUGCGCACUCCGUCAAGAGAAGGGUUUGCAGGAGCCUGCUGUCACCACAAUGCCUGGAACGCCUCGUCACUGGUCACAGGAAAGUUCGAGUCAACAGAAUGAUGUUUUUGGGCGGCCCCCUCCCCCCUACCCUGGCAAUGUGAAAGGGUCUUUAAGGUUUCCAGGGCCUUUCCCAUCUGAACAGCAAGAUCCUUUCUCUAAUGAAGGACUAUUUAAUAGACCCCAGUUUCCAGGAGACAUGAAUACCAUGAGCAUGCGACCACAGGGGCAAAGGUUUGGAUUUUCCACUGGGGGACAGCCUCCACCUGGAAGUCAAGAACACUUUCUUAAGCCACAUCAGAUGCCAGAGCCAGCGAUGAAUGUUCCCCCACAGAUGAGAAGGUCCAUGUCAGUUGACCUUGCUAGAGCAAUGGGAAAUAACCAGAUGGGGCAUCCUCAGCAUUUUCCACCAAGAGGCAUCCAAGUGCAGCAGCACAACAUAAUGGGGCAGCCAUUCAUAGAGCUUAGACACAGGGCCCCUGAGAACAGAAUGAGGCUCCCCUUUGGGCCUUCUCCCAUGACUGGGAAUGUUGUUGAUCCAUCCACCCAGACCCAGGGACCCCUGGGAUUCAUGAGUGGUCAGGAGGUUGGUUUCAGUGUAAAUCAAGGUAACAGAAUGGUGGACCACAUGGUCAACCAGAGAGCAGGAAUGCCAAGCCACACAUCAGUGUCAUCUAGUAUGGAGAACCUCCACCAGCACUCAGUGCCAGGUUGCACAGGACCUCAUCCUCCACUCAUGCGAUCUCUGAGCCAUCCUGCAUCCACUGAAGCCAUAAAUAUUACUCCAUCCAUACUUCUACCAGCUGCAACGGAACAAACAGUGGAUAUUCCAAUACCCAAUCCCGAUGGAAUAGAAGAGAAACUGGACACCGAUGACUCAGCUGUAAAAGAUCUUGAAGAUGUGGAAGUCAAAGACUUAGUAGAUGAAGAUCUCGAAAACCUAAACCUUGAUCCAGAGGAUGGGAAAGACCUAGACCUUGAAACAAAUGAUUUGCACCUUGAUGACUUUUUGACAUCAGGGAAGUUUGAUAUCAUAGCAUAUACAGAUCCUGAACUUGAUCUGGAGGACAAGAAAGACAUGUUCAAUGAGGAACUGGACCUUAGCGACCCCAUUGAUGACAGCGGUGAAGCUUCGGAUUUACAGAAAGAACUGUCAGAGAAAAAGAGCAUAAGUUCUGGCAGUGUCGCGUUACGUUGCCAGGCGAACACAGAGCCUGGAGUAGGAAAACCAGAGGACAUGCCAGAGCAUGGUCUGGCUCACGUGAAACAGGAGAGGAGCUCUGAUCAGAGCGUUCAUACCCUGUGCUCUGAGACACUGAUUAAAACUGAGCUCACUGAGGUUGCUGGAGGGUCCUCUGCCACGACAGAUCAAGUGAGUGCAGGGACAGCACAUCCCCAGGAGGACCUUGGCAGUUGUUCAAGACUCAUGGAAGUACCUCUGCAUCAACCUCCUCAGCCCUCACCCAGUGGCCUUUCCAAUUCAGCUCCAGUCCUUUCUCGUCUGCUCGGCAAGGAGAAAUUGGUAGAUGCUGCACUUGGGCCAAUCAGCUCUCCCAGCAAAGGUGACUUGACAGUACAGGCAAGCCAAGUGGCAGGAAUACAGCAGGGUCCAAGUGUGAUGACACCAGGACAAAUCCCAAAGCAAGCAAUGAAUCCGGCUCUGAACAUGAGCCAUCUGAUUAGUCCCACAGAGGGGUUACCACCUGAAAGCCUGAAUGUUGAACAGGAACAGCCACCUGGCCAUGGCUUUGGAGCCGACCAGCAGUUGGAGCCGGUGCUCUCUCUGCAAAAUCAGCAACUGCCUAGUAACUUGACCCAGACCCAACAGGCUGUGUUCUCACAGGGUUUGGGUCAGCAGAACCAGCAAAAUCGGCCUCUGCUUCUGGAAGAACAGCCCCUUCUUCUGCAGGACCUGUUGGAUCAGGAGAGACAAGAACAGCAGCAGCAGAGGCAAAUGCAGGCCAUGAUCCGGCAAAGAUCCAGCGAGUCAUUCUUCCCCAACAUUGACUUUGAUGGCAUCACGGACCCAAUUAUGAAGGCCAAGAUGGUUGCAUUGAAAGGAAUCAACAAAGUGAUGGUCCAGAACAACCUGGGUAUGGCACCCAUUGCCAUGAACCGGUUCCCAUUUGGUCCCCAGCAAGUAACGGGUCCCCAGUGUCCAGAGGGUGCAGCAGUCUCCCAGCAGACCAUGGGGCAGGAUGGGAAGUUGGCGCCUUGUAUUGUGAGACCCAAUCCUCCCAAUUUUGGGCCUGGAUUUCCCAAUGACGCACAGAAAAAGCAGUACGAGGAGUGGCUACAGGAGACCCAGCAGCUCCUGCAGAUUCAGCAGAAGUUUCUGGAGGAGCAGAUCGGCGCCCACAGGAAAUCCAAGAAGGCGCUCUCAGCAAAGCAGCGUACUGCCAAGAAGGCGGGCCGGCAGUUCCCUGAGGAGGAUGCCGAGCAGCUGAAGCACGUCACAGAGCAGCAGGGUGUGGUGCAGAAGCAGCUUGAGCAGAUUCGGAAGCAGCAGAAGGAGCACGCAGAGCUGAUCGAAGAGUACCAUGUCAAGCACAAGCAGCAAUGCGCCAUGCAGCCGCCCAUGGUGAUGGUCCCUGGGUGCCCCCCAAUGAUGCAGGGCCAACUGCAAUCAAGCCUUCCGCCCAAUGCCCCCCGCAUGCCCACCGUUCCUGGUUGGCACCCCGUCAACCCAGCCCCCAUGGUUGGUCCCAGGAUGUCCACUCUCCUCCCGCACCAGGGCCCAGCAGCCAAUUCGGUGCAGCAGCCCCCUCCACUAUCAGAAGCGGCGGGUAACGCGGCCAAUGGCGACUCGCCACACGUCAAAUUUGAUGACAACAACCCAUUCAGUGAGGGCUUCCAAGAGCGUGAGCGGAAGGAGCGCCUGCGGGAACAGCAGGAGAGGCAGCGGGUUCAGCUCAUGCAGGAGGUGGGAAGGCAGCGGGCCUUGCAGCAACGCAUGGAGCUGGAGCAUCAGGGUGGACCCCAUGGCUUUGUUCCCCCCACAGGGCCCCAGCAGCCUCUCAGACACAUGUUUCCUCAGCAGCCCAACAUGCAGGCUGGGUUUAUGGGCUCUCCACCAGUGGGGCAUUUCCCACAGGGUGGAGAGCACCGGCCUGUGAUGGGCAACGGGCCCUUCGGCCCUGAUAUGAGACCAGGAUUCCGACCCAAUAACCCGGUCAUGCCAGGGUCUAACUUUCCACAGGGUCAGCCAAGACCGCCAAGGUUUGGAACGCCAGGCUUAAUGCCUCAAGGAACCGGAGAAGUCUCUCCCUUCAGAAUGGAGCCAGCCAUGUCGCUGCCUCCAAACUACCCCGGAUCUGGCCCGUCGCUCAUUCAGCUGUACUCCAACAUCAUCCCUGAGGAGAAAGGCAAGAAGAAGCGAAACCGGAAGAAGAAGAAGGAGGAGGACAGCGAGUCAGUGAGAACCCCCUCGACACCACACUCUGACCUCACUGCUCCGCUGACUCCUGCCGUGUCCGACACCGCUUCCACGCCCACACGGGGCACACAGCCAUCAGGAGAGCCGGACCCUUCGGAACACUCUGUGGGCUCCAUCACUCCCGGUUCCCUCAGCAGGCAGACUCCUUCUGAGCUGGAGCACCGCCUGCCAGACACUGGAGGGGGAUCGAGUGAGAACACGGUGAGCGGGACGUCUGAGGUCACCCCAAAAAAUGAACAAAACAUGGCGUUCCCCACAAUCAAACUGGAGAGGGUGGACAUCAGCGAGUGCCAUGGUGCUGCAGACAGCAAGACGGAGCCAGCCACAGGACCUGGGAUUGUCAAGGUUGAGGAGGGGCGUGAAAGAGCCGGUGCCCACACUGCAGGCCUGAGUCCAGCACCGAGCUCCAAGGGGGAGUCCGGGAACGAGCUCCUGAAGCACCUGCUGAAGAACAAGAGUGCGCCCCCGCUGCUACCACAUCAGAUGUCCAGCGAUGGAUCAACGCAAGGAGAGAGGCAGUCAGAGGACAGCAAGGCUAUGCAUAAGCAUAGCUCUGCAGACAGUACCGAGGCCCCACAGAUGGUCACCAAGGCCAAGCUGCUGCCAGGAAUCCAAGAAAGCCAUGGGUCCGCUGUUUCCGAGCAGGACAGGAAGAAGCAGCGGAACAAGAGGGCACCCAAGGCCUUGGAGAAGCCGGCACCUCGCUCCAAGAAGAGGAAGAAGGAGGAGGAGGAGAGGCAGGUGGCUUUCCCCAGCACGGACACACUGAUGAGCCAGCUCAAACAGCAACUUUCCCUCCUGCCCCUCAUGGAGCCCCUCAUCGGCAUCAGCUUCGCCCACUUCCCCCCUUACGGCAGCGGGCAGUUGGAUGGCGAAAGCCAGCUCUCUGGGACCUUUGGCAGCGCCUCGCUGGGCGGUGUGUCCGACUACUACUCUCAGCUCAUCUGCAAGCAGGACAACCUGAGCAACCCGCCCACUCCCCCAGCCUCCCUGCCUCCCACCCCGCCUCCACUGGCUCGGCAGAAGAUGGUCAAUGGGUUUGCCACUACAGAGGAGCUGGCGGCCAAGGCUGUGGUCAUUGGUGGACUGGCCAAAGGGCUCGGCCCCAAGCCUUUUCCGGCUCCAUUUCGGCCUGAGGAGGAGCUGCUGGCCCGCGCCAUCGCUCAAGGGCCCAAGACUGUGGACGUUCCUGCCUCCCUUCCCACACCCCCCCACAACAACCACGAGGAGCUCAGGGGCCAGGAACCAUGUGAGGAUCGGGACACGCCCGACAGCUUCAUUCCCUCCUCGUCCCCUGAGAGCGUGGUCGGCAUGGAGAUCAGCCGCUACCCAGAUCUAUCCCGCGUGAAGGAGGAGCAACCAUCUCCUGCCCCCUCCCCCAUUAUUCCCAUGCUGCCUAGCACCAGUGGGAAAGGAGCUAAGCAGCAGGAUGUCAAGAUGGAAGCUUCUGGAAUGUUCUUUGGAUCACAGACUGAACCGGCAUCAAAUGAUUCCAAAGCUGGACUGGUAUCCAUAGCGAUAACUCUGAACCCAGCUGCUGCUGAGAAUAUCACAAGCGUGGUGGCUGCUGUGGCAGACCUUCUGUGCGUGAAGAUCCCCAGCAGCUACGAGGUCAGCGGGGGACCUGAGUGGGGUCCAUUGGCACUCCUGGGGGGUCUCAAGGUUCCCCCUCACAGGUUGGAUCCUCGAGGCCCUGGCCUGCCGCUAGGGCCUGGUUCCAGAUUUCCAGGGAGCACAAGGUUUCAGAACCCCCCCGGAGCAUCAGGAGCACCACACCAACAGCUUCGCUUCCCCAUCCUCGGUGCUGGUCAAACUGCUGUCAGAGGCACUUGUUUGAGCAGCAACGGGAGCCCUGGACCCAAACCGCAGUGGUGCUGCCACUGCAAGGUGGUAAUCCUGGGAAACGGUGUACGAAAGCCCAUCAAGGACCUUCCCAGUCUGAAACAGGACCCCCAGGCAACAGCGCAGGACACUGCAGUGUUCUGCAGUCACAGCUGUUUCGUGCUCUACUCGUCUGCCAGGCAGCCCGUGGCCACGACCACCCAAGUCAAGGAAGCAGCGGCUGUACUACCUGACUCCGCCCUCAAAGAGAACCCGUCAAAAGUGCUGCACCAGUACAGCAACAACAUGUCCACCCUAGAUGUGCACUGCCUGCCUCACCUGCCACCCAAGAGCUCUCCGCCUUCCACUCCACCCCUCGCCUUCCCAUCAGCAUCCCUGGAUGCCGAAGCCAAGCCAGACGCCCUCAAGGUCACAGUGAAACUGAAGCCGCGGCCCCGCGCCGUCCACAGCGGCGCCGACGACCCUCACCACCACAGCAAGCGCUGGAAGGGCCUCCGCUGGCGCAAGUGGAGCGUGAACAUCAUGCUGCCCGGAGCAAACCCGCAGCUGCCGGCCGAGGACGAGGUGGACGAGCUCCUGCAAAAGCUGGGCGCUUCGCUGAGGCCCGAGCCGCUGCCGCGCGACCAUCGCCGGUGCUGCUUCUGCCACGAGGAGGGCGAUGGGCUUACGGACGGCCCGGCCCGCCUUCUCAACCUCGACCUGGACUUGUGGGUGCAUCUCAACUGCGCCCUGUGGUCCACGGAGGUGUACGAGACACAGGCGGGUGCCCUCAUCAACGUGGAGCUGGCGCUGCGCCGUGGCCUCUCUGUCCGCUGUGCCUACUGCCAACGCACAGGCGCCACCAGCGGCUGCCACCGCUUCCGCUGCGCCAACGUCUACCACUUCACCUGCGCUCUCAAAGCCCAGUGCACGUUCUUCAAGGACAAAACAAUGCUGUGCCAUGCCCACCGGCCACGUGGCGCCAGCUCACAGGAGCAUGAGCUGCACUACUUCGCCGUCUUCCGCCGAGUCUACGUGCAGCGUGACGAGGUGCGGCAGCUGGCCAGCGUAGUGCGCCGGGGCGAGCGCGACCACACGUUCCGCGUGGGCAGCCUCGUUCUCCACUCGGUGGGUCAGUUGCUGCCUCAGCAGAUGGCUGCCUUCCACUCGACGACAGCCAUCUUCCCGGUGGGAUACGAGGCCAGCCGCAUCUACUGGAGCACACGCCACAGCAACCGGCGCUGCCGCUACCUGUGCUCCAUCGACGAGAAGGAAGGUCGGCCCGAGUUCCGCGUCCGCAUCGUGGAGCAGGGUUACGAAGACCUAAUUCUCACUGACAACACCCCCAAAGGAGUGUGGGACAAAGUGCUGGCUCCGGUGGCUGAGCGCAGGAGCGAGUCUGGCAUGCUCAAACUCUUCCCCAUCUACUUGAAAGGCGAGGACCUCUUCGGGCUCACCGUGUCCGCAGUGACGCGCAUAACCGAGUCGCUCCCCAGUGUGGAGGCGUGUGAGAACUACACCUUCCGCUACGGCCGAAACCCCCUGAUGCACCUGCCGCUGGCGAUGAACCCAUCGGGCUGUGCCCGCUCGGAGCCCCGCUCCUGUCCCUUAGUGCCAAGGCCACACACCCUCACCAGCAGCAGGACCUCCAAGUGCUACCAGGGAGCCGUGAGCAGCGAACCAGGCACUCCCUACACCAAGCACUUUGUCCACUCCAAGUCCUCGCAGUACCGCAGGAUGAAGGCAGAGUGGAAGAGCAGUGUGUUCCUGGCACGCUCUCGCAUCCAGGGGCUGGGACUCUAUGCUGCUAGGGACAUUGAGAAGUACACCAUGGUGAUCGAGUAUGUGGGGACCGUCCUUCGUAAUGCAGUCGCAAACAGGAAGGAGAAGAUUUAUGAAUCUCAGAACCGGGGGGUCUACAUGUUCCGCAUAGACAGCGAACACGUCAUUGACGCCACCCUCCGAGGAGGCCCGGCCAGGUACAUCAACCAUUCUUGUGCCCCGAACUGUGUGGCCGAGGUGGUGACUUUCGAGAGGGGUCAUAAGAUCAUCAUCAGCUCAAUUCGCAAAAUUCAGAAAGGAGAGGAACUCUGCUACGACUACAAGUUUGACCUUGAGGACGAUCAGCACAAGGUGCCGUGUCACUGCGGGGCGGUGAACUGCCGCAAGUGGCUUAACUGAGGGGACGGAAGGACGUGGGAUCUUCACCGCAAUUUUCCACAGGCCGUACGUCACAACCAGGAAGCCUCCGGAGAUGUGUGGCGGUGGCGGCGGCAGUGCCGGAAACACACAGCAGGCACCGGCUCCAUGGGCCAGGGGACCCUGAAAGGGAAAGGGGGCGAGGCGAGCCGCGCCAGCGUCUCCGUACACAUGCGUGUUCACGUAUGUGCACUGUGUGGGCAGGUGGGGCAGCGUGGGGGGAGGGGAGAAUUCACCAGCAGAUGGACUUAGAGCACAGUGCCGAGCACCACCGCGGUAGGCGUCAAGGGGCAGGCCCUCGAUCGGACUGAACGAGGCGAGUAUAGGAGUUCACGCAAACGUAGAUGUCACUGAACAGGGAAUGUAGGGAAAAGACUUCCUUAGGAACGGCGCCAAGGGAAGAUUAACUUGCACUAAAAAAAAACACAGAUAAAAUACUUGAUUCCAUGGGUCAGUUUCUUGUACUUUAUUUUUUUUUUUUCCUGUUUUGUUUUCUGUAAAAUAAGAGACACAUUUUUGUAUUUAUUAUGGAAUAAGAAGAUUAAGCUAUUUUUAAAAUGAGGAGCGAAGCGGAGGCCGUUGCGCUGGCCGGCAGGUCGGAUCCAUCCUGUUACUCUGUACAAAGUGUACAUAUUUUGAUGCAACCAUAUAAAGAAAAUAGAAAAAUGAUUGACCAAAUGCUACCUUAACGUCAUGGCAGUUUUUGUUGUCCCCCCC